AUGCACCUGCAUGGCUCUGCCCUUUGGUGCCUGGAAGAGUUGCUGAAAUUUGGAGUGAGGCCGGAUGCAGCCGUGCCAAGUGCUCCUGUUCCAGACAGAGGAAUAUCGGGCUUGGGGUCGGCUGGCACCGUGCCCCACGCUGAGGACAGACCAGGUGGGCUGGCGCCACCCAUGGAAUCGCCCCUGGGGCUGCCAUGGUUAGAGAGUUUUAGGACCCAGGACUCCUGGGUUCUAGAGACGAUCCCCUGUCUCCAGCCACAAGUGGGGAGGAGGGUGCUGGUGCAAGGAAGUCCCCGUUGUCUGGUUGGGUGGGUGGCCCCACCCCGUCCCCCUGUCAAGCUGGAGUCCCUGAAGCGCUGGAAUGAGGAGAGGGUGGUGUGGUGUGAGAAGGGGGUUCAGAUCCUCCUCACCACCGUCGGGGCCUUCGCAGCCUUCGGCCUCAUGACCAUCGCCAUUGGUACUGACUACUGGCUCUACGCCCGCGCCUUCAUCUGUAACACCACCAACAUCUCCAGUGAGGAGAUGCCCCACAAGGACAAGAAGGACCCAGGGGGCCUCACUCACUCUGGCCUCUGGAGGAUAUGCUGCCUGGAAGGCCUGAAGAGGGGUGUGUGCGUGAAAAUUAACCACUUCCCCGAGGACACAGAUUACGACCACGACAGCGCAGAGUAUCUCCUGCUGCCCGGUGCGAUGGGGCACCUGUCUCAGUCACUCUGUGACUGCAGCCCCUGGCAUGACUGA